UUGCAACCCAAGUGAACUCUCCUCUAUUGACAACAUGUGUUGUAACUACUACGGCAACUCCUGUGGCUAUGGCUGUGGCUAUGGCUCUGGCUAUGGCUGUGGCUCUGGCUCUGGCUAUGGCUGUGGCUAUGGCUCUGGCUAUGGCUGUGGCUAUGGUUCUGGCUAUGGCUGUGGCUCUGGCUCUGGCUAUGGCUGUGGAUAUGGCUCUGGCUAUGGCUGUGGAUACGGCUCUGGCUAUGGCUGUGGAUAUGGCUCUGGCUAUGGCUGUGGAUAUGGCUCUGGCUAUGGCUGUGGAUAUGGCUCUGGCUAUGGCUGUGGAUAUGGCUCUGGCUAUGGCUGUGGAUAUGGCUCUGGCUAUGGCUGUGGAUAUGGCUCUGGCUAUGGCUCUGGAUACGGCUCUGGCUAUGGAAGUGGCUGUGGCUGUGGAUAUGGCUCUUACUACAGAUCUGGCUGCUGUGGCUACGGACCAUCUUGCUACAGAAGAUGUUAUUCUUGCUGUUAGAACACCCCUGAGAGAGGAUCAGUUGCUCCUAAACUGACACUUCUGAAGAAAAUGCUUCUUUAAAGAUCCAUGGCCAAGAGCUCUAUAUCCAGGAAACUACAAAUUUGACAAAGUCUUUGACCUCCAGCUGCACAUUUUUAGAAGGCAACUUUGUGAUCCUGGCAUCUGCAGUCUCGUCUCACUAGUUCUGCUGUCUUGCUAUCUGUUUCUGUUGCCUGAACAUGGCUGUUACAUCUACAGCUGGGAGCAUGGUUUCUUUUCAAUAAAAUGGGUACUGGUUUCUAACA